CCAUUAAGACCAAGAUCCAAGAGGUCAAGCGGGAGAACAUGGAUCGCAAGGUGACCCUUCAGAAAAAGAAAAGAACCAUAAAGAUGGGCACUUUGAAAAAGAAGGACCUUAAGAAACUGACUCUGUACCUGAAGAACGGGGCGGAUUGCCCCUGCACACAGCUGGACAAUACCCGAAACACAUACCUUAUCAUGGGACGCAAGGUGGACAAACAGUACCUUCUCACCGGGAUUCACAAGUGGGACAAAUCCAACAGAGAGUUCAAAAAGACCAUGAAAAAACUCAAAAGCCACAAGUGCCCUGCCUAUGAGAAUGUCUUCAAGUAAACAUUCUCAAAGCUCCCACUUACUUUAUGAACUUGCACAUCCAGGCAACCCCCCAAAAAUUGUUUUAUUUUUCAUAUAUAUAUUAUAUAAUUUUUUCAUCUAUUUUAUAAAUCAACCACACGCGAGGUGUUUAGUCUUGGAUUUGUGCCAUUUAAGACUGAAAAGAUAACGAAUAAGGCCGUAGACAAACUCUCAAACAAAACCAACUGAUCACUUUUGUAUAUAUCCAAAUAACUGUUGAUAAUAUCUUGUGAAAGAAAUCUGAAUUCACCUGCAAUUGAUUGUUGACUUUUCUUUUUAGUUUUUCUAUCAAAAUAAUAAAACACUUAAACAAGACAAAUCUCCAACCUAUAGUUACACCUGCUAAUAAAGGGAUAGUUCACACAAAAAUGGAAAUGCACAGAUUUACUCACCCGCAAAAAUUUGAGCUUCUUUAUUUUGUUGAACACAAAAUAAUAUAAUUUGAAGAAAG